GAACUCAGCUUAACUUUUUUUUUUCUGUUUUAUUUUAUGUUAUUUUUGAAUAAGAAAUAACUGGACAUAAAGAUCUCAGGUGGAUUACCGCAGUGCUUCCUGAAGAACUACCAAAUUUGCAAGAUUGGCUAUCCUGAUUAAGAAGAUAUGAAAGAAUACACACUCCUCCUCUUCUUGGCUUUGUGCUCUGCCAAACCUCUCAUUGGUCCUUCAUAUUUUACACUAAAGAAUAUGAUGCUCCAAGAUAUGGAAGAAGAUGAUGAUGAUGACGAUGACAAUUCUCUAUUCCCAACCAGUGAACCAAUUAUACCACUGAUUCCUUUUGAUUUAUUCCCAGUAUGCCCCUUUGGAUGCCAGUGCUAUGUGAGAGUUGUCCACUGCUCUGACCUAGGUUUGACAUCAAUACCUCGCAACAUUCCACCAGAUACACGUAUGAUUGACCUUCAGAACAACAAAAUUAAAGAGGUCAAGGAAAAUGAUCUCCAAGGACUCACAUCGCUUUAUGCGCUGGCUUUGAACAACAAUAAAAUAACCAAGAUCCAUCCAAAAGCCUUUCAACCAACAAAGAAGCUACGACGAUUGUAUUUAUCUCACAACCAGCUAACUGAGAUUCCAACAAAUUUACCAAAUACUUUAGCAGAGCUCAGAAUCCAUGCUAAUAAGGUUAAGAAAAUCCACAAGGAUGCAUUUAAAGGAAUGAAGACUCUACAUGUUUUAGAAAUGAGUGCAAAUCCUCUUAACAAUGAUGGAAUAGAGCCAGGAGCUUUUGAAGGAGUAAAUAUCUAUCAUAUCAGAAUUGCAGAAGCAAAAUUAACUUCAAUUCCUAAAGGACUGCCCUCCAGCCUACUGGAACUUCAUUUAGAUGACAAUAAGAUCACAGCAAUUGAAAUUGAAGAUUUUAACCGGUAUAAAGAUCUUCAAAGGCUUGGACUUGGGAAUAAUAAAAUCAAAGAUGUGGAAAAUGGAAGUUUUGCCAACAUACCAAGCAUACGUGAAAUCCAUCUUGAAAAAAAUAAGCUCAAGAAAGUUCCUCCUGGAUUACCCGAACUGAAAUAUCUACAGGUAGUUUUCCUCCAUUCUAAUCAUAUUGCGAAACUGGGAGUGAAUGAUUUCUGCCCAACAGGAAGAAGAAAGAAGAAAGCAUUAUACAGUGGCAUAAGCCUCUUCAAUAAUCCUGUAAAGUACUGGGAGGUUCAGCCUUCAACUUUCCGUUGCAUUUUAGCCAGAAACAGUGUGCAACUCGGAAACUUCCUUAAAUGAUAGAGAAGUUGGUCAUUUCAUAAAACAACUUGUUGAAAUCAGUUCUACAAUACUUGAAGUUUGCAGAAAAAUGCUGAUUUUACACAAUUUAACCAGUUUACAAUGUAUUUACUAUUUCAGAGAUAAUGAAUUAGAUGAAAAAUGUUAGUAGGAUCCAUGUUAAAUCUACAUUUGAAUAAUUUAAACAAAAGCCUUUAUAUCUUAUGGAAGGACUCUUGAAACUGGAAACUGUAUUUGAUGUUUCCUAUUAUAGGUGUUAAAUUCUUUACUUAAAUCACAUCGUUUUGACAUAUUCUUUCUUUUAAAUAGAUUCUAAAAAUCAAGUGGAAGUGACUUUUUUCAUAGUAAUGAAUUUUCAUCUGCCAAAAAGCAUUUUAAGAGAAGUUAUAAAAAGAAAUUGUCAGACCUCAAGGAUGACUUCUUGUGCCAUUUUUGAUAAUCAGCAAAGAUGCAAUGAAAAGGUACGAUAUU